CUCCUCUCCUAAUUCCAACUCGCUUAUCGUCAUUCAUCAUAAGAAACUACUCCAAUACCUCUUAUAGGCUUGCUAGAGGCUUCCGGCCAGGGCACAACAGACCACCAUGGCACAGAGCACCGGAACGGGGUUCCGUACCCAUCACCAACAGUUCCAAGCCAUCAUCGGGACAGCACCCACCCUAGAGCUCCUAGCAGAGCACCACGAGUACCCCUUCGCACACGAAGCCGGGGUCUUCAUCGCCGACACCAACAGCCUCUUCAUCACCAGCAACCGCUGCGACGGCCCCGAUGGCCAGCGAAAAGUGCACAUCACCCGGGUCGACCUGAGCACCAACCCAGUGACCUACGAGGAGAUCGACACCGACGUCCCAAUGGCCAACGGCGGGGUAAACUACGGCAACGACAUUCUCUUUUGCGGACAAGGAACCAAAACCCAACCGGGAGGCUUAUACCGCAUGUCCGCCACCGCGCCGUACGACUCCGAACUGCUACUGGGCGAUUUCCACGGUCGGCCCUUCAACUCAGUCAACGAUGUGGUCGUGCACUCGGAUGGUUCGAUCUGGUUUACCGAUCCGAUUUAUGGCUUCGAGCAGGGGUUCCGUCCUCCGCCGCGUCUACCGAGCCAGGUAUAUCGGUGGUGUCCCCGGGAGGGUACUAUCCGCGCUAUGGCGGAUAAUUUCGGCCGGCCGAAUGGGAUUUGUUUCUCGCCAGAUGAGAAGGUGGUUUAUGUUACGGAUACUGAUCGGGAGCAUGGGGAUGGUACGAUUGAUGAUCAACGCGUAUCUACGAUUUACGCGUUUGAUGUAUCCGUAUAUCAUGGACAGCCGUUCCUCACGAAUCGUCGACUGUUUGCCAUGGCAGAUCAUGGCAUUCCCGAUGGGAUUAAGUGCGAUCUCAAUGGCAAUGUGUACAGUGGGUGUGGCGAUGGGAUUCAUGUGUGGUCUCCGGGGGGUGUUCUUCUAGGUCGUAUCCUUAUCGAAGGUGGCGUUGCCAAUUUUUGUUUCGGGAGGAAUGGCGAGAUAUUUGCUUUGAAUGAGCAUCGGAUAUGGCGAGCGCAGCUUGGGGGAGAGGUGAAGGGGGCAUUACUGGGGUUAUGAUGAGGCUAUGCGUAGAGUAUAGAAUAAGCCUGCUUCGAAUCCUAGCAAUUGCAAAUCCUAAGCUGAAGGAUAUAUAUAGCAAUUCCUUGGAUAAUGUUCUAGCCGAUUUAGAACGUCUAAUGUCAUAUAU